AUGGCUGCCGCUCCCAGCACAGAUGCGGCUGCUGCCACGGGCAGGGCUUCGUCGCCGACCCAGACGUCCGAGCUGUCCCGCGAGGACCAGACACUGCUCCUGUUUGCUGGGCUCAUGGAGGGCGGCAAGGAGGACGACGAGACCGUCCGCGACCUCGACCGCCUGACCAAGGUGCUCAAUGACGAUGUGGAGGCCACCAAGAAUGGCGAGGCAUCCAUUUGCAAGCUCAUUGACUCCGACUGCGCCGACACGCUACUCAGCUACCUCGACAUGCGCCAGCCUGAUGUUGUGCGCGGUCACGCCACGCUGACCACGUCGUCCUAUCUCAAAGCGGCUGGCGACGACGGUGCUCAGAAGCUGACCGAGUUCUUUUACGACCGGGUCAAGCGCGGCACCUAUGACGACUACAUUGUGGCCUUUUGCGUCGCCGCCGCCGUGUUCCCCAUCGUGCCGGACCUGACGGCGCAGAUGUUUUUGGGCGAGGGCUUUUUGCCCAGCCUCGGCCCACUGAUGCGCCGCAAGUGGAAGAGCCGCAAGGUCGAGACAGCCUGCCUCGACAUGCUCAAUGUGGCGUGUAUGAACGCCGCAUGCCGCGAAGCAGUGCAAAAGUACUGCGUCGAAUGGCUCGAGGAGAUUGUCGACCAGGACCCCGACGAUGUGGUUAAGGACAUGUUCGCGGCCAAUCCCGACGGCAGUCUCGGCGAGGGCUCGAUUUCCAUGCGCCGCCACUCGCGCCAGGUUCAGAAUCUGGCGGCUGUGAUUCUCGCGAAGCUCAAGGCAACGUUACCACCACAACCAACCGCCAGAGUCGAGGAACUGAAGGACGACGGCCGUAUCGAGACGGCAACAACAAGUAUCGAGGACUUGAGCAAGAUGUUUACUGGCCUGCUGGCGAGCAAUCCCGACCACGACAGCUCCCACGCCGUUGAAGGCUUGGCGUACGCGUCCUUGCAGCCCAAAGUCAAGCAAGCGCUGGCAGAUGACAGCGCGUUCCUCUCCAACCUCGUCAAGACACUGAAAACCGCACCACCGCGAUCGCCAAUGACGUACGGUGCGUUGAGCAUCUUCUCCAACCUGACGCGGUACCAGCCACCACAAUCUGAGGAGCAGAGGCGGCUGGGUCAGCUCAAGGCGUACGCCAACGCGGCCGGUAAAUCGGGCGCCAAGCCCGAUCCGCUCAACGACGACGAGCAUGUGUCGAAGCGGUGUCAAAAGGUCUUUGCCGCGGGCGUGACGCCGAUUCUGGUCUCGCAUAGCAAGAAUGGCUCGGCCGCCUCACUAUCUUUGAUUGUCGGCAUCAUCCACGCGCUGUCCAUGACGCAGAGCUUGCGUGGCCAGCUGGCACAACAGGGUGCCGUGCGGCUGCUCAUUGACGCGUGGAAUGCCCUGGGCGCCGUUGAUGGUGCGAGCAGCAGCGCCGACAUGUCUCUGGCGCGACGGACGGCUGCCCAAGCGCUGGCGCGCAUUCUCAUCUCGACCAAUCCGGCACACGUCUUUGGCGGCACGCGCCCAGUGCCCAUCCAUGCCGCUAUCCGCCCACUGGCAUCUCUCCUCAAAAAGGACGACGACUCGUACGACCUGUUGCCUGCAUUUGAAUCGCUCAUGGCGCUGACCAACCUCGCAUCCACGGACGACGACACUCGCGGAGGGAUCCUGCGCGCCGCCUGGCCCGACGUCGAGGAGCAGAUCUUGUCCAACAACGAGCGCAUCACGCGCGCCGCAGUUGAGCUCGUCUGCAACCUGGUGCAGGCGCCCGAGGGCAUUCUCAUGUACGCUGACGGCAGUCCUGCGGCCAGGAACCGGCUCAACAUUUUGGUGGCCCUGGCCGAUGCCGAGGACGCUGGCACGCGAAAUGCCGCCGGUGGCGCGCUUGCGUCCCUGCUGGCAUACGAGGCCGUUGUCGAGGGUGUCCUGGCGCGAGACCGUGGCGUCGCGAUCAUCCUGGGACUGUGCAAUGCGUCCGAAAGCGAGGACCUGCGGCACCGUGGCGCUGUGGCCAUUUACAGCAUGGUUAUGUGUGACGGCGAGACGGGGGAGAGGGCGAGGACAGCAGUCAAGGCGGCCAACGGCGUGUCCAUCUUGACCGAGUGCGCCAAGGCCAGCCGUCGCGCCGAAGUGGUCGAGGUGACAGUGUUUGCAUUGAAGGAGCUGGUAAAGGAGGAAUAA